AUGGAGAUUGGAGUGUUUGAAGCCGUCCACUCCGCCUUCGACUGGAUGCCGUUGGGCGCCUUAGUGGCCAACAAGGUGCUGGUUCUCCAUGGCGGCUUGGGUGAUGGCACGUGGGGCCUCAAGGAGCUUGAGCAGAUCAAGCGGCCCAUGCAGGUGCUGGAGAAUGAUCUUGCGCUCAAUGCGCUGUGGUCGGACCCCAGCGAUUCUGACCAUUCCAUGGCACGAGGAGUACAUGCGAACGAGGAGCGGGGCGAGGGUGCCGGCAUCCACCAGUUCGGCCCGGACAUCACCCAGGCCUUCUGCAUGCGCGAGGGCAUUGACCUGGUGAUUCGCUCGCACCAGUUCGUGAGGCAAGGAUAUAAGGUCAUGCACGGUGGACACUUGAUCACCCUUUUCUCCGCUCGAAAUUAUUUGCUGGACGAUGGCGAGCCCUCCAACAACGAUUCUGCCAUGCUUUUGCUGGCCACGGACUUGAAUGGCCACCUCCGAGUGCACCCCAAGCGCCUGGCCUUUCUGCCCGACCCGGCGCCGCCCGCGCCCAGUCGCUGGGCGGUGUUCGCGCAGAGCUUUGGGGAGUGCUGGCAUUUCCUGGCCACUGGUCAGCGCGCAAAACGUGCAAAGCCCAGCGUCACUUUCCGCCGCAAGCUUUCGGAGUCAUCAGCAAGGCAUUAG